AUGUCCGGGACUCCGAAAUAUCACUCCACGGAUACAAAGUGUUUCCAACGGAUCGAUCAUCGUGACGUCGCGGUGGUGGAAUUGUUCUUUUUGUCCACUCGGGUCUCUCGAGUGCUAGAGAAUUACGCCCAUCCGGAAGGAUUUGGGAAAGCCCUGUGUGAUAACUCCGUUCUGCGUAUACACUGGAGGCGUGGCGUACUCGAAACAGACAGAAAACAGGACGGACGGAAUGUGUGGCGUUCAUCCUUUCCGGAUAUGCGUCAGACUGCAUCGCCCAGAAAUUGGGAUUCCCGGAACGCUGAGGAUGUGGAUAUAUCCUGGGAGUUGGUUCGUCAUAGCAUCCAGCAACUCGUACUGGAAUUCUCUCCACUUCACCGCCACCAAACACAAGCUAUGGGUCCGCCGAGAACUGCGGGUGUGCCUCCGGCAGCGGAAUAG